AUGGCGAAGCAGAAGAGUAUUCUUGUCAAGUUGAUGAGCCAGGCUGGAACAGGGUACUUCUAUCUCACCAGGAAGAACCCCAGGAGGACUCCUGAGAAGUUCACUUUUAGAAAGUAUGACCCCGUUGUCAAGCAGCAUGUGCUGUUCACCGAGACCAAGAAGUUUAAGUGA